AAAUGGAAUAACUGAGUGGCAUCAGAUCACAAAUUUGCGCCGUUUUUGCUUUAUUCAGAAUGUCGGUAAAGGAUCGAGAGAGAUAUGAUGAAAAUGUGGAGAGUCCUAGCGAAGCCGGCUCUUUACGAAGUUUGUACGCUGACCAUGAAAUAUACGAGGAUCUGGUGAUUGGUCCUGUGGAAAUAUGGAAGCCGAAAGUUACGUUAAAAUUUAUUGGUACUGAAACAACACCCAAGGAAACUGUAAAAACAGUCGAAAUAAUAAUCAAACCACCAUAUUCGUGCCAAAUAUGUAAAAUUGGAAACAUUAAGCAUUAUAGCUGCGCUCUGUGUGAAAAAAUAAUUUUCGGCAGAGUUGGUAUGAUAAGACACUUGCGAAAACACAGUAGACCAAAAAAAAAAUGCAAAUUAUGCAAUAAAGUGUUUAAAUAUGCAAAGGGCUUAGAACGACACGUGAUAACACAUUCUGAUGAUCGACCUUUUUCUUGCAAUAUCUGUAAGAAAAGAUUCAAAAGAGAAACUACACUGUUUGCACAUAAAUAUACGCAUGAGAACAAAAAGCCAUACAAGUGUGAACACUGCACAAAGAGCUUUACUUUUAAAGGCCAGUUGCAAGCACAUUCAAGAUUACACACUGGGGAGAAACCAUACAAGUGCAAUAUAUGUUCUAAAGAGUUUACGCAGCAGACUUCUUUGAAUAAUCAUCUUUUGAAACACAAAGGCAUUAAGCCUCACCAUUGUGAGUUAUGUCCUGAGCAGUUCAGACAGGUUAGCAAUUUGAAGCAGCAUCUAGAAACUAGACAUUCAGAAAAGACUGAUAUUCAUACUAAAAAAAAGGAGAUGAAACAUGGAAAUAUGAAAGUUCAGAAGGAAAAGAAAAAGCAAAAAGUUGUUAUAUCUUGGUAUACAUGUAAAAAGUGUAAAUUUAUGUUUAGUAGUAAUGAUGAUCUUAGUAAACAUAAGAAACUUUACCAUUAUGGAUGGUGA